AUGGACACCAUCAAGGAGAUCGUUCGCGACGCGCCUUUUGGCCAAAUCGUCCGUUACGCAACACGUAACCAGUUCUUCAAGUAUCCAGAAGAGCUACCCGAUUUCGAAAUCCCAUGUGCAUACACCGACGUCGAGAAACUUCCUUCCCAUACCGCAGGAGCUGAAGGGACUUCGACACGCAACUCAAUCUCAACCACCCCGCUCCCGUCACACGCCCUGCCCUUCAGCCCCUCACGCCUCGAAGCCGACCUAGCCCUCCACACCACACACUCACCCGUCCACUCCAUCGCUCCCGUCAAGACGGCCGACGGCCUCAUACUAGCCGAAUGGUACACCACGACCGACACUGCGAACCCACAGAACUGGUCGCAGGGCAAGAAAGCAUGGACGGCUUUCUUGAUCUGUCUGUAUACGUUCAUUGUGUAUGCGGGAUAUGGGAUCGGUCCGUUGUUGUUUGCGCCUCUGAGCGAGGUACCCCAACUCGGCAGAAACAUACCGUACAUCACGACCUUCGCGCUCUUCACCAUCCUCACUUUACCUACCGCACUGGUAGACAAUCUUGGCGGCUUCUUGUUCCUUCGCUUCCUACUCGGCUUUUUCGGAAGCCCCUGCCUAGCGAACGGCGGAGCUACGAUGCAGGAUUUGUACUCUCUGCUCCACAUACCAUAUGGUCUAGCUUUCUGGACAGCAGCUGCAUUUGCGGGGCCAGCUCUCGGGCCUCUCCUAUCUGGUUUUUCCGUCUAUGCUGAGAAUUGGCGAUGGUCUCAAUGGGAACUCCUCUGGAUGGCCGCCCCAGUAUUCCUCCUCUUUUUCUUCUUCCUGCCAGAAACGCAGCCUACCACCAUCCUUCUUUACCGAUCUGCCCGUCUGCGUGCACUGACUGGCAAUCCGAAUAUCCAUACGCAAACCGAGAUCGAUCGCAAAGGCACCAAGUUCUCCGCAGAACUCCUAGAUACUCUCAUCAAACCUCUGGAGAUCUGCGUAAAAGACCCUGCUCUCUUCUUCAUCAACGUCUACUCCGCGCUGACAUACGGUAUCUACUACUCCUUCUUCGAGGUUUUCCCUCUCGUGUAUUUGGAGAUAUAUGGGUUCAGCGUCGGCGAGAUGACGAUCGUGUUUCUUUCGAUCAUCGUGGGAUGCGUCAUUGCUAUGACGAUCUACUUUUCUUAUCUGAGGUUCUACCUCAUACCGGAUAUCCUCAAGCAAGGACUGAGACCCCAAGAGCAUAGACUCGUGCCGGCCAUUUUUGCGAGUUUUGGGGUACCGAUCGGUUUAUUCAUCUUUGGUGAGUCUGACCGGACGACUAGAGCUGAGAAUUCAGGCACUAACAGCGAUUUUGCGUAG